AUGACGUCGAGGGCGUCGCUGGACUGCGGCGGAGACGGCGCGCGCCCCGAACCUGAGCGCGCGGACCUCCCCCUGCCAGCAGAGGUGCUCUCGGGCCACGUGCUGCCCUUGCUGUCGUUCGCGGACGCGUGCCGGCUCGCGUGCGUCAGAAACUCACUCCAUGAGAGGACGGCGGAGCAUCUGAGGGAGCGCAGGCCCCUCCAGCCGGCGGUCGCGGUGUCUUUGGGUGGCUCCCAGCAGCUCUGCGUGCUGCCGUCGACGCUCGACCCGCCGGGAGUCGACGCCGAGCACGGCCGCAGUGACGGGAGUGAGGGCAGCAGCAGCAGCCCCUGCAUCAAGGUCGUCCCGUACCAGCACGCGAGCCGCGUCCACGUCUUGCAAGACGCGAGAGAGUCCAAAUUCUGGCUCAAGAACGCCGAAAUCACGGGUCUGGUGUACAGCGCCGAGGACGACGAGCUCGUGUACACCGCGACGGGGCACCCUCACUACCUCGGCUCCCCGGUCAUCACCACGAUGCGCCGCUGCGAGCGCACCCCGGACCAGCCCGAGCCCCUGAGCCAGUCCACAGUCAUCAACCUCUCAGCGCGCACAUGGAUCGCGAGCAUGCCCACGGAGGACCCCGUGGCGCAGCGGCCGCACGACGUGCACAUGUCGGGCUCCACCGCCAUCGUGUGCGACCGCGCCAGCCGCUGUGUCGAGGCCGUCGACGUAGGGGCGGCGAAGGGCCGCUUCAGCCACGCGUGGCACGCGGGCUUCCUCAAGGCCGGCAAGCGCACCGCCAGCUUCACGCACAAGCUCCCGCACGCCGCCACCUCGAAGUGGGGCGCGGUGCGGCGACGCUGUCUCUGGCCGAGCGAGAGCUCGUCCGACCGCUCGACGCUCGAGCCCGUCGCGUCCUGCGUGGGCCCCGACGGCGCGCUGUUCGUGGCCAUGAGCGGCAGACACCUCGCGGCGGAGGCCCCCCCGAACGGCGGCGCGGAGGGGACUCCCGCCUGGGACGGCACGUGGACGACCUGCGUCAAGCGGUUCCCGCUCGAGGCGGCCCUGGACGACACGGACGCGCCCGGGAACGCGCGCCCGACGCCGUGCUCCGACUUCUGCGUCCUUGCGGACCUCGAGGCAGCGGGGGUGUGUUUCAACGGCUCCGGGGACCUCGUGAUUGCCGGCGUCGCGGGCGCCGGGGCGGAUCGGCACGGGCGCAUCGUGCGCGUCAAGGGGCCGCUCGCUGGGGACGAGGCAGGGGAGGAGGGCGGCCCGCUGCCGGGCUGGGGGCGGGAGGAGGGGGGUCGUUACGGCCUCCCUGUCAGCAUCGUCUGUGUGCCGCCGCGGGUGACCGCGGCCGCGCGCGACGGGUCGUACGUCCUGUCCACGAGCAGCGCGGCCCGUGCGCUCGCGGACGAACCGGGGGGCUACGUGGUGCGGAUCGACGCCUCCGGGCGCGUCGAGUCGGCGGUGGGGUUCUCUCGACCCCCCUCGGCGGAGGGGGGGAGUCGGCUGGACCAGCCGGGCAGGCUGUGCCUGCUGCCGCCGUACGCCCUGAUGCCCGCGCAGCAGCAGGACGGAUGA